AUGAAGGCCCUCCAGAAACUCUCUGGCUACCCCAGCCUGCUUCUGGCGGGUAGCCCUUCGAAGGCGGACUUGGGCACGCUGUUGCUGGGCAUUGCAGCUGCCAUCGCAUCUGGUGUCCCCUUCCCUCUCAUUGGAAUCUUGUUUGGUCAGCUGCUUGAUGAUUUCAACGGGGCAACGUGUAAUGAGCAGGACGACUCGGAGUCGGGUGCCGGAUAUCAAUCCAGCAUCAACAGCAAAAUCCUGAUCAUUGUUUAUCUGGCCAUCGCUCAGUUCGUCCUGAUAUACGUCCACCUUCUCUGCUGGAGUCUCAACGGCGCACGGCUGGCUCAAAGACUGCGGGAGAACUACCUGCAGAACUUGCUGCGGCAGGAGCCCUCCUUCUUCGACAACUUACCUCCCGGCGAAGUCGCAUCUCGACUCCACAGCGACAUCCAGACGAUCCGGUCAGGUACUUCUGAGAAAGUAGGAAUAUGCCUAUCAAGCGUUUCAUUCUUUGUCACGGCGUACAUUGUGGCAUUCAUCAAGAAUGACCGCUUGGCCGGGAUGCUGGUGUCGUUGCUUCCAGCUUAUUUCUUGAUGUCGUUUGUUGGAAGCCAUUAUAUUGAAAAAUAUUCUGGUCUCGUGUCCGACUAUGCUGCUUCAGCUGCAUCAAUUGCUUCUGAAGCCCUUUCGAACAUUGUCGUGGUCCAGGCGUUCGGUGCGAAUGCCAGGCUGGAGGAGAAAUUCUCCAAAGCGCUCAAGUCUUCUGAAGAGGAAGGUAUCAAGAAGGCUACGGCAACUGGCAUCCAGUCGGGAGUCUUGUAUUUCAUUGCCUAUUCUGCGAACGGUCUCGCCUUCUGGCAGGGAAGCAGGAAUAUCGCAGCCUCAGUGGCAGGUAACGGUAAUGGCACAACAGUCGGUGCCACGUUCACCGUCAUCUUCAUCCUGAUUGAAGCCACCCUGCUCCUAAGUCAGGUUGCUCCGUUCAUCCACCUGUUCUCAGCAGCCGUCGCCUCGUUCCGAAAGUUGCGUGGAGACAUGGACCGUGAGCCGCUCAUUGAUGGCAUGACCUCUUCAAACCUUGCUCUUCCGGAAGGCGGAGCUGGCUUUGAGUUCAAGAACGUGUCGUUCACCUACCCCUCCAGGCCUGAGAUCACCGUCCUCGACAACGUCAGCUUCAACAUUCCUCCAAACAAGCAUACCGCCCUCGUCGGUCUCUCGGGCAGUGGCAAGUCGACUAUUGCGGGUCUGGUAACACGUCUUUACAAUCCCACGCAUGGCCAGGUCCUCUUCGACAACCAAGAUGUUCAAGAGCUCAACGCUCGUGAUCUGAGGAGUUUCAUGGGCCUGGUUCAGCAGGAACCCUCCCUUCUCGACCGUUCACUGUUGGAGAAUAUUGCACAUGGCUUGAUCAAUUCCAGCAAUCCGGCUCAUGUGCAUCUCAAGCCAAUACUUCUCGGUUCGGAGCUUGCGGAGCUGGCAAGCGAAGUCAGGGAGGGUACUGAUAUGAUGGCUGCAGCAGAGAAACGGGGCGCUGCAUUCGUCGAGAUCAUCAAUCUGGUCAAGAAGGCUGCCACGCUUGCAGAUGCUGAUGGCUUCAUUGUUGCUCUGCAACAUGGAUAUGGCACGACCGUAGGUUCGAGCGGGCGACUGAUCAGUGGUGGGCAGAAGCAACGUGUGGCUCUCGCUCGAGCUCUGGUCAAGGAUCCUCCGGUUUUGAUCCUCGACGAAGCAACUGCUUCCCUGGACUCCCGAAGCGAAGAACGUAUCCAGCGGGCUAUCUCCAACAUCACCACUGGCCGCACCAUCAUAACCAUUGCCCAUCGUUUAUCGACCAUUUCCAACGCGGAUAACAUCAUCGUCAUGCACAGGGGACACAUUGUGGAGCAGGGAACUCACUCGGAACUGAUGGCCAAGAACGGCGCGUAUGCCGAUCUGGUCAAACUCCAAACCGUAAAAUCCGCGUCUGGAGAGACGGAUACCCAGAGCAUCAAGAAAGCCAACCGGCCUUCUACGUCAACUGGCGACAUCGAGAAGAGGAGUCUGUCCGACGACGAACACGAGAACGCCGACAAAACACAAAUCUCAACAACCGAAGCUGCCGUCGCCGAGUCGGCAGAAGAAGAGGAGCCCGAGCCCGAGACUCCCAAGAAGUCUCUCUGGGCCCUGGUGAAAGGCUACACGCCCGCCAUCCGGCCGCAUCUGCUCACCGUUGCCUUCGCAUUCCUGGGCUCGAUCGUCGUCGGUGGCGCUUUCUCGGGCGAAGCCGUGAUUUUCGGCAACACCGUUGGCAGUCUCAGUCUCUGCCACACGCCAGCCAGCAUCCGGGACCGCGGAGAUUUCUACGGCCUCAUGUUCUUCGUGCUCGCCGUCAUCGAGUUCUUCGCCAACAUCUUCAGCUGGGCUGGCUUCGGCUGGGUGUCUGAACACGUCGUCUAUACGGUUAGGGUCCUCUCGUUUCGCUCGCUCUUCGAACAGGAUCUCCAGUGGCAUCAAUCCGAAGGGCGGUCGCCUGCGCUGCUUCUCGCUUACAUCACGCGGGAUGGCAAUGCCUUGGCCGGCUUCAGCGGCUCGGUUAUCGGCACGCUGUUUUCUAUCACUGUCAACCUCUUCGCCGCCAUUAUCUUGACGCACAUCAUCGCGUGGAGAAUCGCCCUGGUCUGCCUCGCUCUCGUCCCGCUCCUCCUCGGCGCCGGACUGAUGGAACUCCGGGUCCUCGGCGCCUUCGAGGAGAAGCACGAGAACGCCUACACCAAGUCGGUCGACAUCGGUGUCGAAGCCGUGACGUCGAUCAAGACGAUCGCGUCGUACUCGCUCGAAGACGAAACGCUGGGCACCUACCGACGCUCCCUCAGCGGGCCGCGCAAAGAGACGCUCACCGUUACCAUGCAGGCCAGCUUCUGGCAGGCCAUGACGUACUUCCUGGGCAACCUCGUCAACGCGCUGGCGUACUGGUGGGGCGCGAAGCAGAUCAUCAACGGGAACUACACGCAGACGCAGUUCAUGAUCGUCGUCUUCUCGCUCCUCGUGAGCGCUCUCCUCUGGAGCCAGAUGUUCGCCCUCGCCCCGGAGCUGUCCAACGCGCGCGCCGCCAUGGCUCGCAUACUGGGCUUGAUCCAGAUCGGCUCGUCGAAGAUGCAGGGACACGUGCGUCCGCUCACUGUCGCCUCAACCUCCCCCGACCCCGAGAGCGGCGCUGCUGAACCCAAGACCCCCCACUCCCCCUCCCACCCCUCCGCCUCCAGCGUCCAGCUCCGCGACGUGCACUUCUCCUACCCCGCCCGGCCCGACGUCAAGGUCCUCCAGGGCCUCAGCAUCGACGUGGCGCCUGGCCAAUUCGCCGCGCUCGUCGGCCCCAGCGGCGCCGGGAAAUCGACCAUCAUCUCGCUCGUCGAACGCAUGUACACGCCUUCCGCCGGCGCCAUCACCAUCGACGGCGUCGACGUAACCAAACUACGGGGCGACGACGUCCGGUUCAGAGACACGAUAUCGCUCGUGCCGCAAGAGAGCGUGCUGUUCGAGGGCAGCGUAGCGUUCAACAUCGGGCUCGGCGCUCCACCCGGACACGAAGCGACGCAGGCGGAGAUCGAGGAGGCGUGCAAGCUGGCGAACAUCCACGACGUCAUCGCGGCGCUGCCGGAGGGUUACGAGACGCUGUGCGGGCCGAACGGCAGCCAGUUCUCUGGCGGGCAGAAGCAGCGGUUGUCGAUCGCCAGGGCGUUGGUGAGGAAUCCGCGGUUGUUGAUUUUGGACGAGAGUACGAGUGCGCUGGAUGCGGAGUCGGAGAAGCUGUUGCAGGAUGGGUUGGAUAAGGUGAGUGCAAGGGGGACGACGGUGAUUGCCAUUGCGCAUCGCUUGCAUACGAUUGCGAAGGCGGAUGUGAUUUUUUUGAUUGAGGCGGGCGUGUGUGUGGAUCGGGGGACGCAUGAGGAGUUGAUGGAGAGGUCGGAUAGUUAUCGGGCGAACGUCAUGCAUCAGACCGUAGCGGUUUGA